CUGCACCUACCUCGACGGCAGAUGCGACAACUGAAUCAGAAACGGAAGAUGUUACAAGUGAAUCUAUGACAACUGAAUAUGUUACGGAAGGUGUGACAACUGAGUCUAUUACUGAAGAUGUGACAACUGAAUCUUUUACUGAAGAUUUGACAACUGAAUCUGUUACCGAAGAUGUGACGACUGAAUCUAUUACUGAAUCUGUUACUGAAGAAGUGACGACUGAAUCUGUUACUGAUGAUGUGACGACUGAAUCUGUUACUAACGAUGUGACAACUGAAUAUGUUACUAAAAGUGUGACAACUAAAUCUCUUACUGAAAAUGUGACAACUAAAUCUGUUACUGAAGAUAUUACAUCUGAAUCUGUUACUGAUUUAACAACUGAAUAUGUAACUGAAGAUGUGACAACUGAAACUGCUACUAAAGAUGUUACGACUGAAUCUAUUACUGAUGUUACAACUGAAUCUGUUACUGAAGAUGCAACAAUGGAAACUGCUACUAAAGAUGUUACAACUGAAUCUAUUACUGAUGUUACAAGUGAAUCUGUAACUGAAGAUGUUACAACUGAAUCUAUUACUGAUGUUAGAACUGAAUCUGUUACUGAAGAUGCAACGACUGAAACUGCUACUAAAUAUGUUACAACUGAAUCCAUUACUGAUGUUACAACUGAAUCUGCAACUGAAAUUGUGACAACUGAAACUGCCACUAAAGAUGUUACAAAUGAAUCUAUUACCGAUGUUACAACUGAAUCUGCUAUUGACGAUGCAACAACUGAAACUGCUACUAAAGAUUUUACAACUGAAUCUGUAACUGAAGAUGCAACAACUGAAACUGCUACUAAAGAUGUUACAACUGAAUAUAUUACUGAUGUUACAACUGAAUCUAUAACUGAAGAUUUUACAACUGAAUAUGUUACUGAUUUAACAACUGAAUCUGUAACUGAAGAAGCAACAACUGAAACUGCUACUAAAGAUGUUACAACUGAAUCUAUUACCGAUGUUACAACUGAAUCUGUAACUGAAAAUGUGACAACUGAAACUGCUACAAAAGAUUUUUCAACUGAAGAUGUUACAACUGAAUCUGUAACUGAAGAUGUUACAACUGAAUCUAUUACUGAUGUUACAACUGAAUCUGCAACUGAAAUUGUGACAACUGAAACUGCCACUAAAGAUGUUACAAAUGAAUCUAUUACCAAUGUUACAACUGAAUCUGUAACUGAAGAUGUUACAACUGAAUCUGCUACUCACGAUGCAACAACUGAAACUGCUACUAAAAAUAUUACGACUGAAUCUGUUACCGAUGUUACAACUGAAUCUGUAACUGAAGAUGUUACAACUGAAUCUGAAUCUGAUACUAGUUUUACAACUGAAUCUGUGCCUUGA